AUGGGCCACCGAGGGCCAUGGCUGCACACUUCUCUCCUCUGGGCUGCCGUGGCCAGCCUGCUCCUCCCCCCCGCCAUGACCCAGCAGCUGAGAGGGGCUGGCCUGGGCCUUGGCAACUGGAACAACAAUGCAGGAGUCACUGGGCCCCCCGAGCACGUGUCCACAGAGUUUGGUCACCACAUCCAUGGCCCUAGAGACCAUCAGGAUGAGAGUGAGGAUGUGUCCACAGAGAACGGGCAUCAUUUCUGGAGCCACACAGACCACGGAGAGGAGGACGAAGACCUCUCCAGGGAAUAUGGCCACCGAGGCCAAGGCCACAGGUACCAAGGCCAUGAGGUUGGAGACGAGAAUGUCUCUGGUGAGGAGGUCUCCAUGGGGCACACGCGGCAGCCCCGGGGGCACAGAGGCCAUGGGAGUGAAGACACAGACGACUCAGCUGAGCAUGGGCACCCUCCCCUCCACCACAGGAGCCACGGCCACCAGGACGAGGAUGAGGACGAAGUUGUCUCCAGUGAGCACCGCCAUCACAUUCUCAGGCAUGUACGUCAAGGCCAUGGCGGGGAAGAGGAUGAUGAAGGAGAAGAGGAGGAGGAGGAUGUCUCUACUGAGUAUGGACCCCGGGCCCACAGGCACCGAGGCCACGGGAGUGAAGAGGAGGAGGAUGCCUCUGAUGGACACCACCGUCACGUCCCCAACCAUGGGCAUCCAGGUCAUGAGCAUGAGGAUGAUGCCUCCGCUGAGAAUGGGCACCAGGUUCACAGACACCGAGGCCACGGGGGUGAAGAGGACGAGGAUGGGGAGGAGGACGAGGAUGGGGAGGAGGAUGAGGAUGUCUCAGACGAACAUCAUCGUGUCCCUGGCCACGGGCACCAAGUCCACAAAGAAGAACACGAUGAGGAGGAGGAGGAGGAUGUCUCCACUGAAUAUGGAAACCAGGUCCACAAGCACCAAGGCCACAGGAAGGAAGAGGAUGAGGAUGUGUCCAAUGAACAUCGGCACCGAGCUCCCAAGCGUGUCCACCAUGGCCUUGGAGAUGAGGAGGAGGAGGAGGAAGAGGAGGAGAUCACAGUCCAGUUCAGCCACCAUGUGGCAAGCCGCCAGCCCCAAGGCCACAAGAGUGAUGAGGAAGAGGACUUCCCAGAUGAGUAUAAAACAGAAGUGUCUGGCCAUCGCCACCACGGAGUCUCCAGGGAGGAAGAUGAGGACAUCUCUGCCGAGCUGGGCCACCCAGCCCCCAGCCACCGGCAGGGCCACCAAGAUGAAGGGAUAAGACAUGGUCACAGGGGGUCCAUGAAAGAGAUUAGCCAUCAGACCCCAGAACACACAGAGGUCAAGGAUAGAAGCCAUCUGAGGGGCGGUGAUUCUGAGGAGGAAGAGGAAGAGGAUGAUGAAAGUUCAGAGCAGGGAGAGGAAGGCAUCCGCCAUGGCAGCCUGCACCAGGAAGACGAAGAGGACGAGGAGGAAGGUCAUGGCCUCAGCCUGAGCCAAGAGGAGGAAGAAGAGGAAGACAAGGAGGAAGAGGAGGAGAGGAAGGAAGAGAGGGCUGAGGCUCGGGCUCCACUGAGCCAAGUCCUCAGGGAGGAGGAAGAGGAAGAGGAAGAGGAGGGGCUGGAGGAAGAUGAGCUCCCUUUCACCAUCAUCCCCAACCCACUGGCUGGGAGAGAGAUGGCUGGAGGUGCCUCAAGUGAGGAAGAGAGUGGUGAGGACACAGGUCCACAGGAUACCCAGGAGUACGAGAACUACCAGCCAGGGUCUCUGUGUGGCUACUGCACCUUCUGCAAUCGAUGCACCGAGUGCGAGAACUGUCACUGUGAUGAGGAGAACAUGGGCGAGCACUGCGACCAGUGCCAGCAUUGUCAGUUCUGCUACCUCUGCCCGCUGGUCUGCGAGACUGUCUGCACUCCGGGAAGCUACGUCGACUAUUUCUCCUCGUCCUUGUACCAAGCCCUGGCGGCCAUGCUGGAGACGCAGGAGCCUUGACCUCCCCGUGCGGCUGCGACGGAGAUGUGCCUCCCCCUCCUCCGCGCCCUCCAACCCCCAUUCCACGAGCCAUAUUU